AACGUGUUGCUUUUUGAGCCCUUGGCCUCAUUGAGCAACUUGGUCUUUGCAGCAGUGACCGAAGCAAGGCCACAGCCGCGCUUCUCUGACACGGAGGACCCUCUCUGACCUGUGAACAGCCGUGUGGGACUUUUAUGGGCUGCCACACCGACGUCAGGCAGUGCGCGUCACCGUGAAGAUGGCGGAGGCUGCGGAGACACCACAACACCGGUUUUUCUGUCACUGCUGUAAAUGUGAAACAAACCCCAAACUCCCGGAUUUCGUCUGCCCCAGAUGUGACUCUGACUUCAUUGAGGAGGUAACAGAAGACUCCAGUCUCCUGCAGAACAGUACACCUGUGGCCAGUGAUGAUUCAAACUUGUUGUUCUCGGAGUUAUGGCAGCUGCUGUUUAUGGAGCGCUCUGCUCUGCUGUCGCAUCCGCCCUCCUCAGAGUCCGACCCGGAUGACAGCGAGCAGGUAUCUGCAGGUCAGAGCUGUCCUUCCCCAAUGUCGACAGAAGGCGCUGAGGCUGGAGAGCCAGAGUCUCCCUCCCAGCCCGAACAAGAGAGGGCGUCCAGGCCUGACCAAAGGCCUGACCAAAGGCCUGCAGUGGAAGGGAUCGUGCAGCAGUUCUUGGCCGACCUAUUUUCCAACAAUGGAAACCCCGGUGCUGCCCCAGCUGCCCUAUCCAGUAUGCUACAGUUGCACUCAAACCCAGGAGAUUAUGCGUGGGGUCAGGGAGGUCUGGACGCUGUCAUCACAGAGUUGUUAGGACAGUUGGAGAGCACAGGUCCACCCCCUGCAGAAAAGGAGAUGAUCUCAUCCCUGCCGACAGUUUGUAUCUCUCAAGAACAGACAGACUGCAGACUGGAGUGUCCAGUUUGUAGAGAGGAGUAUUCAUUAGGGGAAUCAGUCAGGAAGCUUCCCUGCCUCCAUUACUUCCACAGUGAAUGUAUCGUGCCUUGGCUGGAGCUGGUAAGGGGGCGAGGAGUGGAUGUGCAUGAUACCUGCCCAGUUUGCCGAAAAAGCCUAGACGGCGUCGACAACAGCCUCCCGCCAACAUCAGAACCCCCAGAAGCUCGCUCCAUUAGGACGGAGCAGCAGGAGAGGCAGGCGAUCUGAGAAAUGGGUCAAGCGACUCUAUAACUCCUUGACUGUUUUCAAGAGACACAGAUCUUUCCCUCCACACCGACUGCUUUUAAAUAAAAUACAGUACAUGCACCACCGUCAUAACUUUCAGCUUCAACUCUCCCUUCAUUCAUCUCUGCUAAGGAGCUUUAUGUUUUCCACUUCACCACCUUUUUAAGCUUCUCUACACACAAAAGGACUGUGCCGUUGCAGACAAUGUGGAGUCGAUGUGUCCUUCUCUACAUUGGUUGUUGUUUUUCUGAAUGACUGGCGUUCAGAUCAUGAAGUUGCCAGUAGUUGUCAAAAUGAUGGGAAUUCACAGAGUUACAAAAUAACACUUUUGCAUUUAGGCUCUUAGGGUGAUUUCUUAAUGCAGAAUAUUUAUGUUUUCCCACCCAUUCUGAUUCAGCAUUGAUGUCCUCUCUAUAUUAAAUCCUAAUUAUGUGAU